CUUACAUUCAAUCGCGAGAUCAGAAUAGUUCUAGUUUCUUCUUAUGAGACUGUUUGAUGAAGGAUCAAGGAAUUAAUUGAUAUUGGUAAUCAGAAGUUAAAAUCAGCAAUCAGUUUAUUCUUGAUUCAAAUGUCAUAUAAAAACUAGUUAUACGCUUUUCGCUGGAAACAUUUUCAAUAUUUCAAUUACUCUCGAGUGCAGAUGUUAAAAUUCUCGUGAUUAAUUAGGUAUUGUCAGGCGUUUAUCAAAUACAUCAUGUGGAGAUAACAUGUAGGUAAUUGUUCUUUUGGCAGCAAAUAAAGGUUAUCUAUUUCUUUUUGGCAACUUUCUUUAAUCUAACCUAGCACACAAAACAAGAUAUAACUAUUUUAGUAGUGGCACGUUUAUAAAAAAAAAUCCACGUAGCUUCAGCCUAUUAGAGUUCCAGGUAAAAACACGUAGCUUAAAAAUGUCUUUGAGGGCUAUAAAAUAUGAAAACAACAGUUUGGAGAUUCUAGAUCAGUUACUGCUUCCUGCUCAGUCUAAAUAUGUUCCCAUUAAAGGGGUGGAAGAUGGUUGGAAAGCAAUCAAUAAAAUGCAGGUCAGAGGAGCUCCUGCUAUAGCUAUUGUUGGUUGUUUGAGUUUGGCUAUAGAAAUACAACAUGAAAAAUUGGAUUCCAAAAGAGACUUAAGGCAAGAAAUUGAAGGAAAACUCAAUUAUCUGGUUUCAUCAAGACCUACAGCAGUGAAUAUGAAAAAAGCAGCAGAUGAGCUGAUUGCUUUAGCAAAUAAGUUAUAUGAAGAUGAAGAGAUCUCAUUAGAGUCCAUGAAAUCAAAAUUUAUAUCUGAUAUUGAAGCUAUGCUUGAAGCUGAUAUAGCUGAUAACAAAGCCAUCGGGGAGAAUGGUGCCAAAGAAAUUUUAUUGAAAUUCCCUGGAGACAGUCUAGUGAGGAUACUAACUCACUGUAAUACAGGUUCAUUAGCAACUGCAGGCUAUGGAACUGCCUUGGGAGUUAUAAGGAGUUUACAUGCUAAUAAGCGCUUGGAACAUGUUUACUGCACUGAAACAAGGCCUUACAACCAGGGUGCUAGAUUAACAGCUUACGAAUUGGUUCAUGAUAAAAUACCAGCAACAUUAAUAGUGGACAGCAUGGUAGGAGCCUUAAUGAAACAAAGAAAUAUUUCAGCUGUUGUUGUUGGAGCUGAUAGGGUAGCCAUAAAUGGAGAUACUGCAAAUAAAAUAGGAACUUACCAAAUUGCAGUAUUGGCCAAGUAUCAUGGAGUUCCAUUUUAUGUUGCUGCACCUUUCACAUCCAUAGACAAGAAGAUUUCAAAUGGUGAUCAUAUAAUUAUUGAAGAAAGACCUGAUAGAGAAAUUACUCAUGUUGGAGAGCAUAGAAUUGCUGCACAAGGUAUAUCUUGCUGGAAUCCUGCAUUUGAUAUCACACCAGCAUGCUUGAUUGCUGGAAUUAUUACUGAGAAAGGAGUGUUUCUUCCUGAAAAACUGGAAGAAUACUUCCAAUAGAUAACAUAACUAACAUUGCCAAUCCAUUCAUUUUCUUUAUAUAUUAUUAUUAUAAACCAUACAAAUCUAUAUUUGGUACAUUUUUGAAAAAAAAAGACAUAUAGUUAUAUUCGUUCAUAAAUUAUUUUUUGAAAUAUUUAUCAUAUUGAUAUUACUAUUAGAAGAAUGUAAUUUUUGAAGUUUUA